AUGGAAAGUGUUGCAGUUCCUGUAGUGAGGUUCAUCGCCGGUGACUUUUGGUCGUCCGUGAAGAUGAGGCAAGUGCGUGUUCUGUGCCAGAAGACGACUACGCCUGUCCAAGUGUUGGAAGUGGCAAUGGAAGACGAUGACUCUGUUCGCAAGGUCAUCAAGAGGAUAGGUCUCACUGACCGCCGAGGCCGCGACAGUUGGCGUGAGGUUUUCAAAGAAAUCAGCUUCAUGGGCAACGUCUCACACCCGCAUAUCAUGAAGAUGGACUGGGCGGUGAGGUGCAAGGGCUUUGUAGCUAUCUGCAUGCCUCUGUGCUCACGAGGAUCUUUGCACGAUGCACGUCAAAGUCUUAACAGUGAGCAGAUAGAGCGCUACUUCGUGCAGAUCGCCUGUGCACUGAGAUACCUUCACGUUAGGUGCGCUGUGCACGGGGACGUGAAGCCCGGCAACAUCUUCCUAGAUAACUCCAACAACGCUAUUCUUGGAGACAUGGGGAUGUCCCGCUUCCUGGCCCACGGACAAGAUCGAGUGAGAAGCUGGAGUAUACUUGGAACAAGAGGCUUCCUCGCUCCAGAGAUCAUGUCUGACGUCACUGCAGAUCCUUUUCUGACGGACGCGUACGCACUUGGAGCAACGCUGUGGUGUCUGGUCUUCAAACGUAACCCUCGCAACUGGGAGGAUCUUCUGACUGCUGUGGAGUCCGACAGCAUCCUGCUGCCACGCAUGGGAUUCUACAGAUUCGUUCUCUCCAGGCUUGUGCAGAACAACCCACGACUCCGACUUUCAGUCUGCGAUCUCCUGGGAUUCCUGCGUCUGCGCUUUGAGAGGUUCAGGUGUCUGUCUUACACAACAGCUCGCAAUGAAAGCCGCGGUCAAGAUGCUAUGGGUCAGCUGCGUGCUGAAGGCCUCGAGGCCAAGUUCCACCCACUGGACAUCACUGACCACAACAGCGUCAUCACCCUCAGAGACUUCCUGCAUGAUAAUUACCAGGGUUUAGACAUAUUGGUCAAUAACGCCGCCAUUGUUUUUAAGAUUAUGAUCUAA